AUGCCUCGCGGUCUUGAGCUUGAAUCAUAUAUACGCGAGCGUAUAUGUGAGUUAAAACGAUCAGCAAAAUGGGGUGCUAAACACCUAAAGCGUUUGAAAGGUGUUUCCUUACCUCGCUCUGGUGCGCCUCGCAUGCUUACUGCGGAGGACCGAGAUCAUGUGUAUGAUGCUAUUCAAAACCGUCCUGAUAUUACACGCGAGGAUCUGCUUCGUUUAACGCAUGAUAUGGGCCUCCAGAAGUGGCGAAAGAUGAACCGACCCUACCUUACACCUAUUCACGCUGCGAAACGUCUUGCCUGGGCUUUAGCCUAUCGCCACUUUACACCAGAGGACUGGAAAAGGGUGCUCGAAAGGAGUGGACAUCUAUUACUCCUAAAACCAGCUUCAAGAGCGCGAGUCUGGUAUUCAAAUGACACCCUCAAAGGGAAACAGACAAAGCAGAUGUUCUGGGCUUGUUUCUCAGGCGCUCCACGAAAGACUGGCUUAAUUCCUUUAUUCGGAGAUCAUACCGCGGAUCGUAAGGGUAUCACAAAAAAGGUAUCCUACCUACCUUUCUUACGAACGAGGAUGCUAUUUUUUCAAUAUGAUAAUGCACCGACACAUACUGCAUAUAACGUCCAAGCCCUCCUCUGCGAGUUGAAUAUAACUGUAAUGGAUUGGCCGCCUUAUUAG